AGGGCUGAGGGGUGCCGGCUGCAGGAAUGUCCCGCUCCCCUCGUGAUUGGCUGCGGGCUGCCGGAGUCAGCUUUCACGGGGGCCGAUCAAAAAGUUCCCUUCGGCUCUCCGAAGUCGCUGUCUGAGCCGAGGCACCGGCCGGAGGAGGCCGGGCUCUGUCUCGCAUUCCUCGGGAGGACGCCUGCGGUGGGAUGAGAGCGCUUCUGGCUGCCGGGAGAGCCGGGCGAGGGCGGGCGCCGCGGAGCCGCGCUCCCGCUUUUCUCCCGCGGCCCGGGCUGAGCAGCCAUCCCUCCUGGCAUGCUCCUCAUCCCUGAGGACACGAUGUCUCAGUACUCCACCAACUUCCUGCUGCUGCCCAUCCCGGAGUACCCCGCGCUGGACUGCGCGCCCAACAAGAUUAUCAAGCUGGUGGUGCUGGGCGGCAGCGGCGUGGGCAAGACAGCCCUGGUGGUUCGCUUCCUCACAAAGAGGUUCAUUGGGGACUACGAAGCCAACACUGGUGCUUUGUAUUCCAGGAAGUUCACCAUAGAUGGGGAGCAGAUCUCUCUGCAGGUGCAGGACACUCCCUUUGUCUCAUUGGAGGAUGACACGGACAGCAUCUGCUGCCAGGAGCAGAUAAACCGCUCGAUCUACUGGGCCGACGGCUUCGUGUUCGUGUACUCCAUCACGGACUACGAGAGCUUCCGCGCGCUGCGCCCGCUGCACCAGCACAUCCGCAGGAUCCACCCCCACGCCAACAUCCCCCUGCUGCUCAUGGCCAACAAGGGCGACCUGCUGCGGGCCAGGCAGGUCUCCUCCAAGGAGGGGCUGCAGCUGGCCGCCGAGCUGGGCGGCACCUACUGCGAGGUGUCGGCGCGGGAGAACUGCGAGGGCGUGCACGAGGCCUUCCAGCAGCUGUGCCAGGAGCUCAGCAGGAGCAGCAGCUCCUGCAACGGGGAGAAGAGGAGAGGUCUCCACCUGGUGCGGCCCAAGUCGCCCAACAUGCAGGACUUGAAGAGGCGCCUGAAGCAGGCUCUGACUUCCAAAGGCAAAUCUGCCACCACGCUUUGAUGCGGCCGCCCGGGAAUUGUGUUCUGGAGCCUUGGAUAAAAAGGGAACAAGCUGGGAAAAAGGGGCAGCAGUUGAGCCAUCAGGUUGUGUGGAGACUCUCAGGUCCUGUGAGAGACUCUUUGGUUGGGUCUUCACAUCUUGCUCAAAAAGCCCCUGCUCGUUCAGCAAAGGAACUCACAGAAUUUGCUCUCUGGGGCAGGGAUUUCGAAAUUCUGGUUUAAAAAGAGAUCAUCCCAAGCUAUUUCUUUUUUUUUUUUUUUUAAUUUGGAAAGGACUGCAUUCAAAUAUCUUGGUGUUAAAAAGUGGGUUUUGUUAAUGAGAAUAAUGAAAUCAUAUUUUUAAGAGAUGUCACUUCCUUUGGGGAUGGUUGUGUUCCCAAACACAGGCAGUGAACUACAGCAGAACCUGAGGGGAGUGAUGGGAGCUGUACUGAGCAAGAAAAAUGGACCAGAUCUGCUUCAGUGCAAGACUGGAAAAUAAAUGAAUUAAUUCAUUUAAAUGAAGAGCAUAAAUAAUGAAAAGUGUUAAUUGAAAGAAAGAGUUCUGAGCAAUGGGGAGAGAUUUGUUCAUAUGCAAAUUUAAGCCUUAUGGUGUCUCCUUAAAGGGAGGUUUUUAAAAAAAAUCACUAUUUUUUCAGAUUAUUUUUGUUUAAAAGCACAGUGACUGCUUCUGAAAGUGAUUAUUUGGGCUAAAUACAAACUUGUGGCAGCUUUCUGUAGUCAGUCUCUCCAUGGCAUUUCUCAUUUUUCUGAAGGUUUCUUGCAUGGCAAAAGGGAAAAAUAGAUCAGAGUGGUAUAAAACAUGCCAAAAAAUGGAUUGCAGUAAUCAGGAGCAAUGAGGUCACCUAAAACUCAUUUUUUUUUUUCCCCAGACUAGUUAGACUUCAAGUUCAAAAUGCUUUUGGAGAAACAAAGCCUUCACACAAAACAUAUUUACAUCAUUCGGUUGUCCGGGAUUUUUUUAAGAAGAAAAGAUUUUAUGAUGCCUGAAAUUUUUGGCUUUGGGAAUUCAUUAUUUUGUUGUUUGAGUGUUUGUUGUUAAACCCAGGCUUCCCUGAAGAGCUCCCAGAGCAUCCCAGCCUGUCAGGACAUAUCCCAGUGGCAGCGUCUGGUUGUGCCUCAGCACGUCCAAGGAUCUGGGGCUGCAUCCCAUGGACUGAUUUAUGGAACCAAUAACAACAGCAGGGAGCUCCAGCACUGUGUGCUCAGUGAGAGUGGGCUUGGACCGUGUAAAAUUCAUGAUGCACCAACCUGUCCUUCAAACAGAGCAGAUGAGCAAUUCAAGGACCAUGAAAUGAAGUCAAGCUCAGUGAUUUAUACUCAGGGACACUGGAGGGAAACCCGAGUUUGAUGGAUAUGGAAAAACACUCCCAGCUGCAGUUUCAUCUGGCAAGACUGAGCUAAAUCAACCUUUUCCUCAUUAGGAGCAGCAAAAAUGGAAAUGGAGUCUGAUGAGUAUUUGUGUAGCUCAGGGCUUUAAAAUGUACUUUGUAUUUUUCAUUUCCCUAUAUUAGACAGCUCUAGCCAUGAUUUUAUCACCUGGAUUUGCCUUAUCUCCAGCUCACUUUCUGUUUUAUUUAUUGUUUUCCACAGCUGCUCAUCUGAGGGUGUCUUGUGUUCUGAUUCAUUUAAGAGUCUUUCGUUCCCACAAAUGCUGGUUUUAAAUUCAGUUUCAAGUGGUAUUAGGAGGGGAAAAGUUGGAUCAUCCAAAAAGGGACUCAAAUUAUAUCAGGGAAUUUUUACUUUGGCUUGUGCUUAAUUAACAAUUUGGUGUUUGAGCAAUGUCAUUAAUCAUCCCAGGCACUUUGGUAUUUAUGGCAUGGAAUUUCAAUGUUUUAAAUUAAUAAUAGCACAGCUCAAAUAUUGAAUGUGAAAUUCAAUAACUCAAAUAUUGAAUCUAGAGAUUCAAUGGCUCAAAUAUUGAGUCUAAAGAUUCAAUAACAAGAAAUAGAGCAGUUUGCAAGACACACAGAAGCUGAAGUAUUUUUGUGUUGAAAAAAUGAUCACCAAUUUUGAGUAGCAAUUAACAAUUUUGCCACUCCAGUACUGCAUAACAAGGGCUAAAUUUGCUGAAGACAAUUUGCUGACAUUGAUUUGUUUGCAACUUCCUUCAGCUCAAAUCUUUUCUAAUUUGGGAAGAAAUGUCACCAAAAUUCAAACCUGUCAGUGUUUUAGUUUCAUUAGGGAUUAAUAAAAACAUGCAAGGUCUUCCCUGAGUAGUGAAUAAAAUGGCUUCUUUAUGUGUCACAUAUGUAAAUAUUCCUUGUUUACACUGAAAUCCAUUGUUUUUCCUUCUUACAACCUAAGACACCCUGCUUUGGAAAUAUUCCUUAUGUAAGGAAAUACUCCUUAUGCAAAUAAGUAUUCCCACAUUCCUGUGGAGAGGAAGAAAAAAAUCUACAUUUUGGCUAAAGCCAAAAAAUACUGAACCAUUUAAGUCUUCUCUUAGGUACUAACAUGUGGCAAACAUUUAUUCUGCUACAGAAACUUUAGUAUUUCCUUUGUUCAUUGACCAGGAGUACAAAUACUGGUUUUAAGCCAGGACUAACCAUCCACAGAAGGCAGUAAAGCUCAGUAUUUUCAUUUGGGGUGCAGCAGCUGAGCCCCAGCACACCUCACUGUGCCCCAGAGGCAAGGCUGAAGGGCAGCACAAAAAGCAGGGAGAAAAGAAUGCUAUAGAAUCAAGUGCCUAAAAAUAAUCCUGUACGAGAUCAAAGUUUGGUCAUGUAGAACCUGAUCCUGAAUUAGAAACUUCAGGCUGCCAGGGGAAAACAUGCAUUCUACUGAAGGUUUAAAAUUAACCCUCUAGAGAGAAAGUACUGCCACAAGUCAGGAGGGGAGGGGGAAAACAAAGAUUUGAGAGUGUGGGGUGGUUUUUGGAUAUCAAAGAAAAUUCUCCUCUCAGUUCUAUUGAUUUAGUCCAGAUUAACUCUGCUGCAAUCAAUACCAACAGCAGCGAACUGUAGAAUUCCGUCUUUCAAAUUGUAUUUUUUCUCAUCCCUCAUCAUUCUCCUGAGCAUUUGAAAUCUUUGUGCACCAUCUGGUUUUCAAGAUGGUUUUACAGCUGGGUUUACUUGGGCACAAAGCAGUUGAGUGAUUUGCCCCAAGGUUGCACAGCUGAGCAAGUACUUGAGAGGAACUCCAACCCUGUGUGAUUAAUUCCCAACUCUACAACAACUCUCAGACCCUACACCUCCCUCAAGGUGUGCACAGUGAGUUGUGUUGCACAGCAAUGUAAUUAAAAGUUGGGGAAAGUCUGUGAAAUGUCACCUGUGCUGGCACUGAGCAGUCUCAGUGACAGGCUGGCAGCUCACAAUUACACCAAGGCAGGCUUGGGAGCCACUGGACAGGUUUGUUAGUGGUUGUUUCUGUGUUCCUGUCAGCUGCACCUUGGCCAGAUCCCUUCCUCUGUUACUCUGCCCAUAGGUCACAGAUAUCUGUCACACACUUCAGCAUCCCUGGGACAGAAUCACCAAGGAGAAAGAAAGGAAUUGCCCCCAUUUCCAUAGGGAUGGCUGAAAUAUUUACAUCUGAACUCUCAUCUUGCUUCUGCAUUCCUUUAAAACUCCAUUGUUGUUUGGAUCCCACAUUUACACCUGGAACAGAGGAUAAAACCAGAAAAUUCAGGCAACUGCUCAGACAGAAAUAUUUGUAUCCAGGGUACAUGGCUGCUCCCAGGAGUUGUGUCAGGUGUACAAAUGAAGAAGGAAUCAUUUUCUGAGACAUCAAAAGAAACUUGCUCUGUACCAGAAGAGUUGUCUAAUUGUUUUCCAAGGCAAGCUGGGUGGCUGCCAGCUGAUUGUUACUGCUGGAUUUCCCUCUGCCUACUGGCAGAGUAGAUUUGGGGUCAAAAUCCCACUGCAGUGUUUGCAGAGCCUGCACAGGCCCUGAGGCAGCAGAACACAAUGAAAUACUUGCUAAUAUUUCAUGUUCAUGGGUUCUCAGAGCUCUGCUGGGCUGUGCCUGUCUCCUCUGGGGCUCACACAGGAAAACCACGGAAUUAAAGUUAAAAAAGAUCUCCAGCUUCACUUUAAAAGCUCAAAAGCAGGGCCACUGGGGUAGAGAAGAUGAUCCAAUCUAUCACUGAUGGAGACAAAGCAAGACUCUUCCUUUGAUAAUUCCUCACUGACUCUGCCCUCCUUGCCCCUUUCUAUUCAUGCCUUUG